GAGACCUGUAAUGAAUAUGAAUACUUUACGUUAUAAUUCAAUAAUUUCAAACAUAAACAAUGCAAUGUAUGAUAUGAUAGAUAGAAAUUUGACCCUUCAUCUCGGAAAAACACAAUAUUAUAUGUCAACUAGCGAAACAGACGCCCAACCAUCAGAAUCAUUUCAUAUUACAUUGGUAAUAAAUCUUCCAGAGCAAGAACUAUUAUUUGAAACACCAUUUAUUCAUAGAUUAAAAUGGGCAUAUAUCUUUUACAUUGGUAUGUGGAUUAUAUUUUAUUGGCCAAUUCAAUGGUUACAACGUUGGGUAUUUGAAAAACGUCGAUUGAUGAUUUGUGAUAAUUUCGUUGAAUUUAAAAAACCGUCAGAGAAUGUUUACUUAAGUCAAUUUAAGAAUGAAUGGUGAUGAUGAAUCGACAACUUUCUAUGAUACAAGUUCCCAAUUUGAAUAAAGGUGGACACUGUUUUCUAUCCAUCUCAAACUCAUUGAAAUACAUUAAUUAUAUGCUAUAGAAUAUACAAUAUCUGAAGAAUAUGACUACAUUGCUCUAAAAUUCGCUUUAAGUAGAAAUUCUGUAUUGUUUAGAUGUUGAAGAUCGUUAUGGAGUACACGUUGGUCGUUUCUUCUUCCUCUUCGUUGUUGUUGUUGCUUUCGUAGUCGUCUUUGUGGUAGAGGUUUUUUCUUCUGUAUGAUUCAAUAAAUGUGAUAAACCAGCUGACCGUAUCCCCUGUAAUAAUUGUUCACGUGCAAAUUUUAACUCAGCUGAUAAAUGUUCUAUUUCAGGUGCAUUUAAUAAAGCUGGAAUCAGUGUAGAUCGAAGCCAACGUGGACUGUUGUCCCCCAUCCCCAACAACAAAGCAAUAAAUCAAUAAAAUAGUUAACUUUUGUAUUAAGU